AGUCAUUCGCUUUUUGGUUCCUAGAUUUGUCCUUCAGCGGCUUCCGUGGUCGCGGAAGCAACAUGGCGUCCGACAGCGACAGCGACGAGGAUUUUGUGACUUUCGGGACUCCUUUGGAGCCUCUGGAGGAAGAUGAGGCCCCAAAGAAACCCGUCCCUCUCCACGAGCAGACAGUGAAGGAUGAGAAGGGACGAUAUCAGAGGUUCCAUGGAGCGUUCACUGGAGGUUUCUCAGCCGGUUACUUCAACACAGUCGGCUCUAAAGAAGGCUGGGCCCCGUCAACCUUUGUGUCAUCACGGCAGCAGAAACCUGACAAACAGCAUCAUGCCAGACCUGAAGACUUCAUGGACGAUGAGGACUUCGGUGAGCACGGCAUCGCUCCCAGAGAGAUCACCACCAGUCUGGAGUUCACGUCCAGUCGCAGAGACGCCGUCAAAGAGAAGGCGAGAGCUGUCAAUGCUCAGUCAGCACUGAUCCCUGGAGACACUCUCCUGGAGGAGCUGAUCGCACCUGCCAGGUUAUCCAUCGGGGUGGAGCUGCUGAGGAAGAUGGGCUGGAAGGAGGGUCAGGGUGUCGGGCCUCGUGUGAAGAGGAAAGCUCGCAGACAGCAGACUGAUGGAGGUCAGAGACUUUUCGGCUGCACGCUGCCCCCUGCUGGAUCAGAGGACUCAGAGGAGGGUGAUGACGAUGAAGAGUUUGCUCCAGAGAACGUCACCUUUGCACCUAAGGACGUGAUUCCGAUUGACUUCACUCCUAAGGUGGGGGUUCAGGGUCUUGGAUACCGCGGUCUGGACCCCGGCCUCGCCCUGCUGGGUGGGGGAGCCUCUGAACACAUUGACCUCUUCAGACCUCAGUCUGAGGCCAGGAGCCGGCUGUUUGGAGGAGCACAGAGAGGCCAACGGAGAGGAGGUGUAGCCGGACAGGCGUUCGGGGUGGGAGCCCUGGAGGAUGACGAUGAAGAUGUUUAUCACAGAGACUCCAUGUCCAGAUACGACAAAGUGCUGGGAGGAGAGGAGCCCGGGGACGGCCUGUACGGCUGGACGGCUCCACAGCAGUACAAGAAGAACAGAGACAAAAGCAGAGAUGCGUCAUACCUCGGCAAAAUCCUGGAGGGAUUCACUCUGGCCCAGAAUCCAGCCAAGGAUAAAACUAUCUUCCCUCCUCCUGACCUGCCCCGAGACUAUCGUCCGGUCCAUCGUUUCCGCCCAUCAGUUGAUGUUUCCACUCUCUCUGGGGUCAGCCCCGCUCUGGCUGAGGCUCUGAAGACUUCCAGAGGACACAUGGUCAAAGAGGAGCCUGAACAAGGAGGACGUCACCAGCUGGACUCCAGCCAGAGGAGGACGAUGCUGGGAGAAGACACCCUGCAGGGUCCCAGCUCAGUCAUGGAGCUGCUGAGUCCUCAAGACAGAGAGCGACUACAAAACCUCCGUAACUCCUCCGGUGUGCCCCCCAUUAAACCCCCAACCUCAGUCUCCCAGGAAGCCUUGCGGUCUGCAGUGACUCUGGCUGGGUCUCUUGCUGCAAAGGCAGCCGGCCCCUCCGACUUCCUGCAGCAGCAGGAGGCUCUGGCAGCCUGGAAGGGAGUCCAGACCACCUCACACACCUUCAAACCCUUUGAGAAGAACCCCAGCAAACAGGCGCGCUAUGAGAUGUACGUGAACCGCCUGAAACAGGGAGAAAAAGACGCUCUGGAUCAGAGUUUGGACUGCGGGUUGACGGAGUGGGAGCGAAGCCGUGAGCGGGAGGAGUUUGUCCGAGCCUCCAUCCUCUACAGACCCAGCUCCUCUAUGCUCAACUCUCGCUUCACCCGAGGCAAACACGAGGAGGAUACUGACAGCGUGGAGGUCAGCAGGGACGAGGAGGGUGACGUGGACGACAAACAGUCCGCAGUAAAGAUGAAGAUGUUUGGAAAACUGACCAGGGAAUCGUUUGAGUGGCAUCCUGACAAACUGCUCUGCAAGAGGUUCAACGUCCCCGACCCCUACCCCGGGUCUGGUAUGAUCGGUAUGCCGAAGGUGAAGAGGGACAAGUUUUCAGUCUUCAACUUCCUGACUGUAACUGAGACCAAAGACACAGCAGCUCCUUCACAGCCUCCAGAGCCCGGGAAGAGGUCUCGGUGGGACGUCUCAAAGCAGAAGGAGAAAGAGGAGGAGGAGAAGAAGAAGGACCCGCUGAGUGAGCUCCUCAGCGCUGCAAGAAAUCAAACUGACACCAAACCCGUACUUGCUCUCCCUGCCUCCACCAGCACCAGCCAUCAAUCUCCAGACCACAAAGCAGAGGAGGAGAAGGCCAAGGAAGGUGUUGCAGAAGAAGAGGAGGAGGAAGAGGAGGAGAGCAGACCUCCAAUGGAUCUGUUCAAAGCGAUCUUUGCCGGCUCUUCAGAUGAGAAAUCCUCGUCUUCAUCAGAGAGUGAUGAUGAGGAGGAGGCAAAGGAGACAAAGAAGGACGAGGUGCAACCGCAGCCGAUAAACCUCUUCAAAAUCCCCGCUGUUCCCCCUUUCUCUUCCUCUGGCCCCUCUUCUUCAAAAACAUCCAGCAACACGUCUAACAAACAGACAGCCGUGGUCUCAACUCUGAAGUCGGCACGAGAGGAAGAGGAGUUUGGUCCGAAGCUGCCGCCUCCUUCAGCUUCUCGCUCCACAGGAGGCGCCACCUCCGCCCGCUCCCUGACUGAGGAGGAGACGCCGAGCAAGAGGAGCAAAGACAAAAAACACAAGAGCAAGAAGCAGCACAAACACAAGAAGGAGAAGAAGAAGAAGAAACAUAAGAAGCACAAACACAAAGGGAAGCAGCAGAAGAAGAGUAAGAAGGAGGCGUCUGACAGCAGCUCAGGGGACAGUGAGGAGGACAGCGACGGUGAGGGGGGACAGGUGUCAACGGAGGAGCUGCUGAAGAGACUGAAGACGAUCAAGUCACAGGAGACCUGGUGAAGAAUCAUGAAGCGUGUCCUCUGUGAGGACGACCAACACUAGGAAGAAAACACACAUCAGAGCCGACCUCUGUCCUCUCUGCCUUCAGCUACACUAGAGAUUUUCUGUUGGUUUUGUUUAGAAUAAUAAAAUGAUUCACUUUUAAA